CUUAAAUAUAACCGUAUCACAAUGCGACAAGUAAUUAAAGGGAAAAAGAUAGACUGGAUUAUACAAGUAAUGAGGGGAAAAAGAGGAGAGAGAGAGAGAGAGAGAGAUGCUUUACUUUGGUGGGCUAAGGGGGUGACGACGGAAUGGCUUUUGUUUUGUUUCGUAGAAAGCCAACUCCAUCGUCCCAAAAAUCCUCUCUCUCUCUCUCUGAGUUAUGCCUUUUUUUGUUUUUCCAGUUCGCAAGCAGAUCCAUUCAGAGGUGAACAGGAAAAUGGAAUGAGCAGCAAAAUGAGAGAGGAAGAUUCCAUUCCACCUCCCUCAUCUUCCUUCCUCUUUACGUCGGUACCAUCUCCUAUUGGAAGCAAAGGAGAAAAUUUGGGCUAGCUUUCUUGUGCUGUCUGUUCUUGCCUUAACUUUGUUCCAUCAGUUGUUCUCUCACAACCUCGGCAUGUUCAGACAUGGUUUCUUCUGAUUGAAAUUCUUCAUCCGGAGCUUUCUUUUAUCUUCUGAUAAAUCCGUCCGUCUUUCUUUGUUCAUUUGUUUCUUGAUCACUGAAUAGAAGCAGGGUGGAGGUAAAGGAAAGACUGGUUUUUUUAAUGGAGUCUUAUUGGUCUUAAGCUGGAAAAGUUGAGAUUUUUGGCAACCGGAAGAUUAUUUCCGAUGUGUUUGGUUGAUUAGAAGAGGGUGGGAGAGAGAGAGAGAGAGACAGAGAGGGAGAGGAGAUGAGGGCGGGGUUGAGCACGAUCCAGCAGACGCUGACGCCGGAGGCGGCGAGCGUCCUCACCUGCUCCAUCGCUGAGGCUGCUCGGCGGAACCACGGGCAGACGACGCCGCUCCACGUCGCUGCCACCUUCCUCGCCGCUCCCUCCGGCCUCCUCCGCCAGGCCUGCAUCCGUUCCCACCCACAGUCCUCUCACCCUCUGCAGUGCCGCGCCCUCGAGCUUUGCUUCUCCGUCGCCCUCGACCGCCUCCCUGCCUCCAAUCCCGGCGCUGACGGCCGCAGCAGGGCCGGCGCUCUCGCGGAGCCUCCCAUCUCCAACGCACUCAUGGCGGCCCUGAAGCGCGCCCAGGCCAACCAGCGCCGCGGAUGCCCUGAGCAACAGCAGCAGCCGCUCCUCGCAGUCAAGGUCGAGCUGGAGCAGCUCCUCAUGUCGAUCCUCGACGAUCCCUCCGUCAGCCGCGUGAUGCGCGAGGCCAGCUUCACCUCCACCGCCGCCAAAGCGGUCGUCGAGCAAUCUCUCUCUUCCUCCUCUUCUGCUGCAACCGCCGCCUCCGCUUCCCCGCCAUUCAUUGCUUCUCUUGCCACCGUCUCUCCUUCUCCCGUCGCCUCUCUCGUUCCCGGUCUAACUAGCAGUGCCGCCCCCUUCCGCAACCUGUACAUGAAUCCCCGCCUCCAGCAGCGCAAGAACAACAAUGCCUGCGACGUCCCAACCUCAGUCGAAGGUUGCGGCGAUCAGCCGCGGACGGAGGACGUGAAGCGGGUCUUGGAUAUCCUCUUGAGAUCCCAAAAGCGGAACCCCAUCCCCGUUGGAGACUGCAAUCCUGAUGCCUUGAUGAGAGAAGUGCUACGAAGGAUUCAAUCCGACGACGGCCCGUCGCUGCUGCGGAACACCCGAGUUGUCCCAUUCGGAAAGGAAAUCGCCACCACCUCCCCAGACCAAUCACAGAUCACCAUUAAAAUCAGAGAGCUCACCAGCUCAAUCGAGUCCAUGAUUUGUGGCAGCGGCCGCGGUGUGAUUCUCGAUCUGGGAGACCUCAAAUGGCUCGUAGAGAGCCCCGCCGUCUCGGCGGGCUCUGGCCCAAUGCAGCUGCCGAAGCCGGUCGUCUCAGAGGUUGGCCGGGCUGCGGUGGAGGAAAUGGGUAGACUAUUGAAGAGGUUCGCCGAUGGCGGUCGGGUGUGGCUCGUCGGCGCAGCAGCUUCUGCGACCUACCUCCGGUGCCAAGUGUACCACCCGACAAUGGAGAAGGAUUGGGAUCUCCAGGCGGUACCGAUCGCACCGAGAUCAUCCCACCCCAAUAUGUUCCCAAGGCCCGAGAGCAGUGGCGUGCUUGGCGACUCUGUGGGGACUUCAGCGCCAGCGAAAGGUUUAAUGGGGAUGGGUGCCGCUGCUGUAGCCUCAAGUCGACCACCCGAGAGCACCAUUCCUUCGCAAAGGACAACCCUCUGCCCUCUCUGUCUGGAGAGAUACGAGCUCGAACUGGCGAAGCUCGUCGCCAAGGUGUCUGACUACACUACAAAGACGGAGGCGGGUCAGACAUUACCUCAGUGGCUGCGAGGCGGCACCGAGUCUUCAUCUGCUCCUCUUCAGGUUUCGAUUCGAUUGUCCAUGGAAGAAGAGCUGCUCAAGCGAUGGUGUGAGACAUGUUCCCGUCUUCAUCCCAACAUCCAUCAGUUGCACCUCGCCUCCAAGCUGCCUUUGGCUCCGGCUCCGUCAAAGACUUCAAGCGUGUUGAGACCACAUCCACCAUCUGAGCCCAUGUCCACGCUAUCUCGAUGCCUCUCUCCCCUUCAGUUGGCAAGCAACCAGAACAGGGAUGCAGCCAAGCAGCCUACCAGCCCUUCGGGGAGCCCAGUGAAAACCGACUUGGUCCUCGGGAGCUCAAAGGUUGCCGAUUCUUCAUCGGACACAAUCCAUAAAGAGCUCCUCAAGGAUUUCACCGGGUGCAUGCAGGACGCUUUCUCUGUGCAGCAGAGCGCUAAAAUUUCCGGCAAUUUGGACAUCGACAUGUUCAAGAGGCUAUUCAAGGGGCUUUCCGAGAAAGUCAGUUGGCAGCAGGAAGCAGCAUCAGCCAUCGCUACCGUUGUCAUGCAAUGCAAGUCUGUGAACGGAAAGCGGCGGAGUGGUGGUGGUAAAGGUGAUACUUGGCUUCUUCUCGUUGGGCCCGACAAGGUUGGUAAGAGGAAGAUGGCAGGUGCUCUAUCGGAGCUGGUGUUUGGCGUUGGACCUACCGUCAUUAACUUUGGACGUGCUUCGUGCACCUGCGGCAACGAUGGAGAAUCCAAUUUGAGCUUCCGUGGGAGGACAUCCGUGGACCGAGUCGUGGAGGCGGUCCGGCGAAACCCGUUCUCGGUGAUCGUGCUCGAGGACGUAGAUCAAGCGGACAUGCUCCUACAGGGUAAGAUUAAGCAGGCGAUAGAGAGGGGCCGCCUGCCCGAUUCAUACGGCCGGGAGGUCAGCAUGGGGAGUGUUAUCUUUGUCCUUACCGCAGACUGGCUGCCGGAAGAGCUGAAGAGCUCCUAUUACCCACUCCUCAAGCGUGAGGAAAGGAUACUGGAUUCAGCUUAUCGUGGCCUGGAACUGGAGAUUACAGCAGGGGAGAGGCCCGGGAAACGUCGUCCAACUUGGCUAUGUGAAGAUGAUCAGCCGAUUAAGCUGAGAACGGAAUCGUUGGUUGGCACCAACCUAUCGCUCGAUCUGAAUCUAGCAGCUGGAAUCGAUUCAGAGUCCGGGGAGGGAUCAUGGAACUCGAGCGACCUCACCAGUGAGCGUGAAUACGAUAAGGGCAGGCUGGUCAGCAAGUGUUCGACGUCGUCCUUGGCCUCAGAACUGGUGGAAUUGGUGGAUGAAGCUGUAACAUUCAAGCCGGUGGACUUUGUCACGCUGAGAAGGAACGUAGUCGAGUCCAUAUCCGUGAAAUUUACCGCCAUAAUGGGCAAAGGGCGAGCAAUAAAGAUCGACGAGGAUGCUGUCGACCGAAUCGUUGGUGGUUUAUGGCUCAGCGGUGCGGCUUUUGAUGACUGGGCCGAGAGAGUGUUGGCCCCUAGCUUGAGGCAGCUGAAGGAUCAUCCGCAAGUCGGUGGCCGGGUGGUAGUCGCUCGGCUAUCCACAGGGAAGGAAGACCGAGUGCAGAGGAGCUGCGUCAAGGAUUGGCUGCCGACGACGGUUGCCAUCGCCGUUGAUGAUGGCCAUGGCAGUUGAUGGGCUGUAGAAACUUCAUUUUUUUUGGAGGAUAUAUGUGUAUAUUUCUCGUAACUCGUUAGAGGAGUAGUGAGUUCACGUCAAGAGGAAGAACUUGACUGACUGUCGAUAGGUAUAGCAGGUUGGAGAAGAUUAAACACCCAUAUAAACUCAUCACGCUAAGAAUACUCGUUGUAUGUUCAUCGAUAUUCUUUUGGUUCAUUUUGUUCAGAA